GCCGGAGCAGGGAAAAAACGAUUACGCUCCUCCGUAGUCGUAGUCGUCGUCGUCAGGGCGUGUGUGUGUGUGUAGGUGUGUGUAAGUGCGUGCGUGUGUGUGUGUGAGGGCCCUAUAUCAGCGCACGCUGUCAUGGGGACGCGCUCAGUGUACGUCGCGACGGUUCGCCGUGAUCACGUUGGGUGUUGUUGUUGUUAGGCCGACGACGACGCCGCAGCCGACACGGUUUCGAGUUUCGGAAAACUUUUCUCCUCUUUAUCUACCCUCGCUUGACGGUACACCGACGUCUCGGUCGUCGUCCGCCGUCGUCCGCCGUCUUCGUCGCACACGUCGGCAACAGACGUGAUAAUAAUAAUUAUUAUAUUAUAUUGUUAUAGUAUUGUGUUGUCAUUAAUACUGUUAUUGUUACCGUAUCGUUACGUGUACGCGACGGAAACGGCAUUUUGAGAACGAUCAUAUACCUACGUUUCCUCCUCCCAAUUUUCUCCGACCGAAUCUCUAUUGCCUAUAUUUUUACGGAGUGUCCGGACCGCAGCAACGGUGUUCGAUGCGCCGUCGGUCACCGUCACCGCGGUCGCGGUAACCGCACACGGCCGACGACCGACCACACGCCAUGUCAGCCGUGCUGCGGACGGCCACGGUGCUGGUGCUGCUGCAGUGCGCGGCCACCGGUUACGCCGUCGGACAGAGUACGGCCAUACGGCACGGCCGGUCACGGAACGCAAGGAACCUGCGGCCAAACGCGUCGCAGCCGCCGGUCAAGCCACAGCAGACGGGCGCGCAGUCCAGCAGCGAGCUGGACAACGACAUCGUCAACCGGCUGUUGCGGAUCGUCGAGUCGCAACAACAGUUGGGCGACAACUGCACCGCCGGCACGCACCUCAACCUCGGCGAGGGCGUCGUGGACCGGUACGCCCAGGAACGGUUCCGCGUGGAAGCCGACGUUGCCGUUAAUAGAGCCAACAUGUUGACGAGACUUUGGAAGUACGCCGGUCCCGAAGUCAUGGAUUCUGAAUAUCUGUUGCACGCCGGCGUUAUUUCCAUGGUAGAGUUUGAUGAUGACAUAUUCGCGGCGGGCAACUGUUAUGAUCAGCACCAAUACAAGCACUAUCAGCUGUUUUGCCCGUACGCGUACCGGCUGCCUAAGGGUGAGGGCAUAUUGGCCAAGGACUUGGCCGUCGAGUACAAGUACUUGACCAACGCAAGCGAAUGGUUUUUUAUCGCCCGGAAGACAGCUGAAUCGGUCAUACAACGCAACAAUCAGUAUAAACACGCAAUCAACACAUAUACUUGGAAUCAAACAAGUCAUACAAAAAGUUUUCCUGAUGAUAUUUUAGCAGUGUCGUAUGAAGACGGAAAAUGGAGCAAACCAUAUUAUGACUGUGGAGGCGGAAAUAUAUGGAUGCUCACAUACACUGUACCAUUCUUUGCUUUCAAAGACGCCAAGUAUUUUUUCAAGGGUACCAGUGGAAUCGAUAUCGACUUGAGGAGAGUGGAUAUUGAUCAAUGCAGCUUACCUGAAGGCAGUACAAAGCUGAAUAUUUUUGCCUCUUCUAAUAAAUGUAAAAUAGAAACGACCCAAUGUGUCUCGUUAGCUGGAUUUGGUUUUCGUCGUGGAAGUUACAAGUGUGUGUGCCGUAAAGGAUAUUUUUUUCCAAAUACCACAAGCACUGAAAAGUCGUUCAAUGGAGUCGUAGUAGAAGAAGAGUACGAAAAGCUCAUGUUGGGAAAACCUAAUACAUACAAUGUUGAAACCAACUUUCAAUGUAAAAAAUGUGCAGAGGGUUGUGAUGAUUGCGUUGAUUUUAGUCCAUGUAUCGCCACCUAUGACAUUAUACUUCGAAUCACAAUACUAUUAUUAACGCUUGUGGUGAUCGGGUUUUUACCAAUGGUGGCUGUAUUCACAUUCAAAUAUAGUGAUCUCAAGAUUGUAAAAGCCGCUAGUCCAGUGUUGUUACAGAUAAUAAUCUUGGGAGCUUUUUUUAUGUACACAACGAUCAUCGUCAUGUACCCAACACCAAAUUUAGUAACGUGUACUGCAAGAUUUUGGCUUAGAGAAAUUGGAUUUUCUCUCACUUAUGGCGCACUCAUGUUGAAAACUUGGAGAGUAUCUCAAGUGUUCAAAGUGAACUCAGCAAAGACCGUUCGCAUCACUGACAAGCAGCUAAUUAAACUUCUGCUUCUAAUGAUCGCAUUUGUCACAGUGAUACUGUUCAUCAGGACGAUGGUGUCUCCACCACACACGAUUGUCGGUCGCACAGCAGACAAUCUUAAGACAGAUAUUUGUCCCACAGAUUGGUGGGAUCACUCGUUUUCUAUUUUGGAAGUUUUAUUCUUAAUUUGGGGUAUUCGGUUGUGUGUAAUGGUUCGGAAAACGCCGUCUGCUUUCAAUGAAAGUCGGUUUAUUUCUAUAGCCAUAUAUAAUGAGUUUAUCAUGUCCGUAUUUCUCAAUGUUUCCAUGAUAUUUUUAAAAUACCCAGCUAAUCCAGAUUUACAAUACGUCAUAUUUUUUUGUCACGCUCAACUUACGGCAACCGUAUUACUGGGACUAUUAUUUGGCAGUAAGGCUUUGAUAAUAUACAAAGGUGAACACAAGGUGGAAGAAACGUCUUCUCAUAAAAUAACUACACAAAAGCUGAAGUUCAAUAGUAAACAAAAACAUUCUGAUCCAUCGUAUGAAAGUAUAAGUGACAACAAAGAAAUCACAGAACUCCAGGAAAUUCGAGUCUUAAGAACUACCAUAGAGAACCUUAUAGAAGAGUUUUUAAAGUGUGGACCGGCAUAUUCAGACUAUGUAUUAAGACUACAGGCUAUGUUGGAAGUAAUGAAAAACUCUAAACUGGGCGAAAGUGAAGAAUUACAGCAGAAAUUGGCUUUGAGCAAUGGCUGUGUAAUCAAAGUGGACAACAAUAAAGACGAAUCAUGUACAAAAAAACAUUAAGUUAUAUUUUAAAUGCAUUAAGAUGGUAAUUUUUAAAAUUAUACGAUUGCAGUUAAAUAGUGGCUCAAUAUACCGAAUACCUAGGGAUUUUCCGUCGUUUUUUCCUAUGUAAUAUUUUCGUUUGUGAUCUUAAGUUUUUAUUUUUUAUUUUAAAUUAUAUUCGAUUGCAUUGUUAAUUAUCUCGUAUUUUAAUACUUAAUAGAUUUUUGAUGUUUUGGUAAUGAUAAUUUACCAGAUAGCAGUGGCCAAAUAUUUGAAAAAUGCACAUCUUCAAAGGAUAGAAUGUAGUCACGAACAUAUUAUUUUAUAGUAUUGUUAUAUGCAGUCUGAUAAAUUUAACCGAUCCAGAAAAAAUAAUACUUAAAAUAUUAGAUUACCAUAUAGUCAUAUCACGCCACAUAAUAGAUACCUAUUGAUGAUUAGUUCUUUAUUCAAUACAAUAAAUUAUAAUAUAGUGAAAAUCGUUUUACAAGAGCAAUUAAUUCGAUAGUUAAAAUAUUCCUAAUAUUAUAGCGUUGUUUUGUUUUAUAUUAGAAAAAAUGUGUUAUUUUAUUUUAGAUUAUUAUUAAUGUAUAAAACAAAACUUGUUUCUUGUAUAUUGUUUUUAUAAUAAUAACUAUUUUUUCUGUUACUUAAUUUUUUACAAUUAGAAGUAUAUUUAUUCGAUUUACAAUAAUAUGAAAUAAAUAUUAUCUUUCCUUCUAAAAUAUAAAUCAUGUUAUAUUAUAUUAUACUAAUUUGUAGUCGAAAGACAUAAUUUAAUCGACAUUGACACUUAAUAUGUAAGAUAGAUAUUGAAUAUUAUUAUUUUAAUUUGUCCAUACAAAUUUGUAUAAUGUUUAAGUAAAAAUACACUGUAAUCGAUAUAAAUUAAAUCAUAUGAGUAGUACGAUUUAAUAAUAUAAGUAUCUUAAUAUUUACAAUAUAAAAAACAAUUUGCUGGUACUUCAUCAUUGACAUUAUAAUUAUAUCGACACCAAAUUCUUAAAAAAUAAAUGUGUUCCUUUCAAAAUACAAUGAAUGAAUAAAUUAUUAAUUAGUUUAUAAUUUCAUGAUAAGUAAAACGAUAUUACAAUAAUAGUGUAUGAACCAGUAGAGUUUUUUGUAAAAAUAAUUAUCGCAUUCGUGUAAUAAUAUGAGUGUAACUUUUAAUAUUAAUUAUUCAAUUAGUGUCGUUUACAAUUUUAAAUAAAAUGCCAUUUAUAUGAUUAGGUAAUUUAAAUACUACAUAAAUAUUAUAUAGUGUGUAGAUACCUAUUAUUAU